AUGAAUGUGGAUCAUACCAAUAAAUCUGCAAAUCAAAUCUUUGAGGAAAAAGUCAAGGAAAUGAGCAAUUCGUCUAUCAAGUCCACUACCAUAUUCAAAGUAAAUGUAGGAUUACGUGAAUCAAAUCCAGAUGCUUAUACCCCAAAGAUGAUCUCCAUUGGUCCUUACCAUAACAAAAAACCUCAACUUGGCUCAAUGGAAAAAUACAAACUGUUGUACCUACAACGGUUUCUCAAGCGGAAAACGGAGAUUGAUGUGAAAAGUUGCAUUAGUGAAAUUGAGAAACUAAAAGAUGAAGCACUAAAGUGUUACGACGAUAACCUUGACAGUGACAUUGUUGUCAAAUUUUCACAAAUGUUGUUGCUUGAUGGCUGUUUUAUAGUUGAGUUUAUUCGAGAGCGUUGUGGAAGGAAACCAAGAGAAGAAGACGAAAUCAUCAACAGGGAAUGGAUGAUGGUUCAAGUAUGUCGAGACAUGUUAUUACUAGAAAACCAACUACCUUAUUUUGUACUCACCAUGUUACAUGAAAUGACUAAGGAUCCUACAGAACCAAACUUGAUAAAGAUGGUGAAUUACACAUUCUUUGAUCGUUCCCAAAUAAGAAUCCCAAAAUACUGGAGUCUAGGAGCUUUGGGAGAAGAUAGUAUGGAUAGAACAACUUUAUUCGAUAUCAAGUUUAAAGAUGGAUUGUUUGAAAUCCCUUGUUUUGCAGUUGAGGAUACAUUGGAAACUUUCUUGAGAAAUAUGAUAGCUUAUGAGCAGCACUCGUCUAGUUUACAUCUAAGAUACUAUACGGAUUAUGGUUGGAUAAUGAGUCAACUUAUUGUCUCACAUAAAGAUGUGAAUCUUCUUCGCCAAAAUGGAAUCAUACUUAACGAGAUAGGACAUGACAAACAAGUGGCUACCAUCUUCAACAAACUUACACAAGGGGUCAUUAUUUCUACUAAUGACUUCUACUGCAGUGAAGAAUGCAGCAAAAUAAUUCAACAUUAUGAAAACCCAUGGUAUCAAAUGAUGGCAAAAUUGAGGCACAAUUACUUUCAGAGUCCUUGGGCUGGAGCUUCAACUGUUGCAGCAAUCGUGCUCCUCUUACUCACAGUUAUGCAGACAGUUCUAUCUUUCAUAAGUGCUCUUAAGUAAAAAAAGAUGGGCAGUCUGGUGUACAAAGCAUUCCGUAUUCACUAGGGUCCGGGAAAGGGUCGCGCCCCAAAAGGUGCGACGUAGACAGCCUACUCUAAUAAAUGUUAUUAAAUAGUUGCUUUAAUUAAUUGUAUUCUUUAGUUUAUUGGUU